GCCUCCUAUAAACUAAGGAUAGACGCGCUUCUCCCUCGUUCUCAUCUCUCGCUGCUCACUCACAGGGAUCGCCUACAAUGGAAGCAGGCGGCAGCGGAGGCGGCGGAGGAACCCUAUCGGAGAUCUACCACAGCGCGCAGCGGUUGCUCCUCCGCGCCACGGGUGGGCUGGAGCGCCUUGAACGUCUGGAUUCGUCGUCGCCAUCCUCCUACUCCUCGUAUGCUUCGUCGUCGUCCUUGGUGCCUUCGGUCGAGGAUCCGGGGGAGCUUGCGACAGAAAUAAGGAGAGACAUCGCCCAGAUCCGAUCCCUCUGCGCCGAGAUGAAACACCUCUGGCGUUCGGUUCCCUCCAGAGGCCAGCGUGACCUUUGGAAGAGAAAAGUAGAAGUGGUAGCAGAAAAAGUUGAUUCACUAAAAGAAAGUCUCGAUAAGCAAUUGUUCCGGCAACAGAAUAGAAUGCUUGAACUUGAAGACAGGGAACGGGCAGAAUUCCCAGGAGGAGCUAACAGUGGCUCUGCACAUGUUCUGAGAAUAUUUGAUGAGGAAGCACAAGCAAUGCAAUCAGCUCGAAAUUCAUCGAUGAUGCUGGAAGAAGCUUACACAACUGGAGUGGCGGUUCUGUCCAAGUAUGCCGAUCAACGGGAUCUCUUGAAGAGAGCCCAAAGGAAGGCUCUGGACAUCCUUAAUACCGUUGGCCUAUCAAAUACUGUGUUGAAGCUAAUCGAGCGACGCCAUAGCAUAGACAAGUGGAUUACUUAUUCUGGCAUGGGGAUAUCAUUCAUGGUGGCACUUGCAUUCGUGUGGUCGCUUCACUGACUCGAUGGUCUUCACAGUUUUCCGGAGGCGUCCAUGUUUUUACACAAAUUAUAUUCGAACCGUAGUAGUAGUCUAUGAAUCCCUACCAAACGUCUUCCCACUGCGCCAUGCCUUGGGGAAACCUUAGCUAAUGCACUCACAUGUUUUGUCAUUAACGUUGCAUUUAGAUCAUGAAAUAGUUAGCCUAUUAUUUUCUAUGAUUUUU